AUGCAAAAGCUGGUUUGGCCUGCCGCGGUCGCCGCCAUAACCGCGCUGGUGGUGAAUGCACACCUUGCAGGCUUCCAGAACGCAAAGAUGACAACGUAUAUGGCCCAACUGCGUGUGUCUGCGGAAACUCCCAUGAUCUGCCAAGGGAUUCUCAUCGACGCCAACUUCGCCCUCUUCACUCGAGCCUGCACCAAAUUGUACGAAGAAGAUUUCAAGGGAAGUAUGGUGUUGGUGGGGGCAAGUCGGUUCAAUGGCGAGCCGGAUGACGGGGAAUGGAUACGCGUGCACAAGUACUACUAUUGUCCCAACCAUGCCAUGGAUCUCGCAAUGGUGCAAUUCGCGCGACCAUCCAACUACACACCAGUGCAAAUCCUGUGGAACGACGUCGCCCCGGGCAAGGUGGUGUGGCUGCGUGGCUGGUUUCUAGCGAACAGCGACAAGUCGCUGAAUCGGCUCGUGGAAACGACAGUUCAAGUCAUUCCAAAUGGCGAGUGUCAAGUCAAACACAAUCGCAACAUAUACGACCACCAAGUUUGUGUUGGCACGCUCACCACGGGCAACUGCGAGUCCAAGCCCGUGUACGAGGUAUUCACACGCCUCUCGGCCAGUCGCUCCUUUAUCGAGCCAUUCCUGUGCAAUGGAGCGUAG